AGGAGACGCCAUUAGAGGGAGGCGGAGAGGGAGUGCUCUUCGCCUUUCCUCGGGUGCCUGACGUGGUGGCUGGGGGGCCCUUCAUUCUCGGACUUCCCUCGGCCCUUCCAGGCUUCGCCCGGAGGCGAGAGUGGAGACGGCGCCCCGGGUUGACGGGUCGGUGCGGAGGGGCCUGCGCCGGCCGCGGCUGUGAAGGCGCUGCGGCGGCUGUGGGGAGCUCGGCGCAGCUCUAGGGCUCGGGCGGCGGGGAAACGGGAUGGCUGCGGCCGGCAGCGGAGGGGCGGCGGCGGGCAGAGCCUAUUCAUUCAAGGUGGUGCUGCUGGGGGAAGGCUGCGUGGGGAAGACGUCGCUGGUGCUGCGCUACUGCGAGAACAAGUUCAACGACAAGCACAUCACCACUCUGCAGGCAUCAUUCUUGACAAAGAAGUUAAAUAUUGGUGGGAAAAGAGUAAACCUUGCUAUAUGGGAUACAGCAGGUCAAGAGAGAUUCCAUGCAUUGGGUCCAAUUUACUACAGAGAUUCAAAUGGAGCUAUUUUAGUUUAUGAUAUAACAGAUGAAGAUUCCUUUCAGAAGGUAAAAAACUGGGUCAAAGAAUUACGGAAAAUGUUGGGAAAUGAAAUCUGUUUAUGUAUAGUUGGUAAUAAAAUAGACUUGGAAAAGGAGAGACAUGUUUCCAUUCAAGAAGCAGAAUCGUAUGCAGAAUCUGUUGGAGCAAAACAUUAUCAUACUUCAGCCAAACAGAACAAAGGAAUUGAGGAACUCUUUCUUGAUCUUUGUAAAAGGAUGAUAGAAACAGCACAAGUGGAUGAGAGAGCAAAAGGCAAUGGCUCCAGUCAACCAGGAGCCACAAGGCGGGGUGUACAGAUUAUUGAUGAUGAACCUCAAGCCCAGAGCGGUGGCGGAGGGUGCUGUUCUUCUGGAUAACUGAUCACACUUAAGAGAUUAAACAAACAAACUGUGGAUCAUUGCCCUCAACAUGAAGACUGCCAUAUUCCAAGUCACAUUAUUUUACCAAUGGAAUUAUAGAAUUAACAGUAUUUUAAAUUACGUUUAUAACACUGCAGAGACCUUAAGUGCUAAACUUAGUGGAGUUUGUGACCAGAGAAUUGGCAUUUUUCUACAAAUGUUAACAAAGCAAUUACCAAUGGCCUUUUUACAUAUUUUUUUCUUUAAUAAGGAAUAAUAUGCAUGUAGAAAAGACCUACUUAAAGGCUUCAUUUAUAUUCUUUUAAAUCAAAUCUUUAUUUAAUAACUUAUAUAUGUUGUUGGAAUGGUAUACAUUUUUGCAGCCCUUUGUAUUUUGUGGUAGUUUGAAUUGUAUCACUUCUAAACAGCAAACUGUUUUUGUUUUCUUUUUUUUGUUUUUUUUAAAUUAGCAGAUACCUGAAGUACUAUUUUUGCAGGGUUUGCACAGGCCCCUUAACUGUCUACUACUUUGAUAUAAUCUAUAUACAACCUGUAUGCUGAGCUGGUAAAAUACAUUGUAAAAUUACAUAUUAAAUAUUUUAUCUGCUUUUAAAAGCGCAAGGUGCAAAACUACAUACAGUAGUCUCAUUGAUGACUGUAAAGUGAAUUAACAUUUGGUGAUAAUGCCUAAGCUUUUUGACUCUGACAUAAAGAUCAUAGCUCCCCUUCACUUUUGUCUUAACUUGAAAGUGGCGUGUUUCAAUUUUCACAUAUACUUUACUUGAAUUAUUGCUGUUGUCAUAUUUUUGCCUCUGUAAGUCUUUCUGAUGAUUGAACAACAGCAUUUGCCUUUUGGUUUGUUGGGGUUUGGGGGGGCUUUUUUUGUUUGUUUUUAUUUUUGUUUGGGGGGGAUUUUUUUGGAUAAAAGAGAUGAAUUCUGCUGAUUUUGUUUUAGAGUGGUUACCUUAGAAGUAUUUGAGUGGAGCAUGCUGAAUUUCACUUCUGCAAUGGCUUUAGUUUUCUCUUAGGCUUUAUAUGAGAUGGGUUCACUGGUGUCAGAAGAGAGGAAGAGGUACCAGACAGUUGCCACUCACCAAGACUCAUUCAUACAGCAUGUUAAUGGGUAGUUCAUGCUCCUGGGGCAGCACUUUUAAAUCCUUUGUGAGCAAAUUGUAUUUGUUCAUUGCUUGCCACAGAUGAACACAGAAAAGUUUGUUCCAUUUUAUAAGAGCUGUCCUGAGUUUCUGUGAAGGGAAACAUUUCAUGUAAUGCGGUUAUAGCAAACACUGGAAAGAUUUAUUAUAAAAUUAUAUUCUUGUAUACUUUGUAAAUUAGUCUCAUUAGGUUUUUUUUUUUUCCUAAGCAUAGGACUGAACUUAAAUUUGUUAAUUUUAAUAGAUUCAGACAGUGCUCACAGAAGGAUCACAAAUUGUGGAAAUUAACAUACAUUGUUCUUGUUCUAAUAUAUA